CACUGGCCAGACUGUCACAUUUUGUUUGAAACGAGAUUGUUUUAGAAACUAUUCCGAAAAUGCCGCCUGGAACGCAAAUUGCUAGCGAUAGCGACAUGGAAACCGUUCUGGAGGAGUUCAAGCAGCGCCAGGAGCGUCGCAACAGCGGCGGAUCGGCCAAGUACACCUGCAGCGUCCCGAAAUGCAAGGCCACCUUCAAGCGGCUGGACCAAUUGGACCGCCAUGAAUAUCACCACACCGGGCUUAAGAAGCACGCCUGUUCGUACGAGGGCUGCGACAAGACGUACUCCAUAGUGACGCACUUGAAGCGCCAUUUGAGAAGCACCCACGAGCGACCGGAGGCGGCGGCCAAGAAAACAGUUAAGUGUUCCCUAGACGAGUGCAGCAAGAUGUUCAUCUCGGUCAGCAACAUGACGCGUCACAUGCGCGAAACGCACGAGAGUCCACGGGUCUAUCCGUGCAGUCACUGCAGCGCCAAGUUCUCGCAGAAACUCAAGCUGAAGCGCCACGAGAUCAGGGAGCACACGCAGGAGUAUCCGUUUAGCUGCGCCAAGUGCUCGCGGGGAUUCUACCAGGAGUGGCAGUGCCAGAGCCACGAGGGCAGCUGCAAGCAGUACGAGUGCCCCGGUUGCCCCCAGAAGUUCGACAAGUGGUCGCUGUACACGAAGCACUGCCGCGACACCUUGCACGGCCGGAAUCGCCACAGAUGCGAGCGUUGCGAUUGCGCCUACGACAAGCCCAGCGACCUGAAGCGCCACAUCGAGGUAAAGCACAAGGAGGCGGCGGCGGAGGAAGAGAGUACAUCGUUCACCUGCACAGAAGAGGGUUGCGGCAAGAGUUACUCGUAUCUGAGGAAUCUUCGCCAGCACAUGCUCACCUCCCAUUCGGGAAGGCGCUUCGAGUGCCAGGCCGUGGACUGUGGACGCUGCUUUAGCAGUGCCCAGAAUUUGUCCAAACAUCUUCUCAGGGAUCACAAGGAUGGCAAGAAGAAGAAGGAGAAGGAGAAGAAACAGGCCGUUAAGGAGCGGCUGAAUUCCAAUCCCCGCAAGCGACGACGCGAUGCCGGGCGCAGCAAACAUUCCCGACUAUCCAAGUUGGCCUGCCUGCAACUGGACAAGGAUGACGAGGAAGCGGUGCGCGAAAGACAGCCGAUGGCCCUGGAGAAGGUCACCCAAUCGCUCAAAGAAGAUCCCAUCGAGGAGCUGCUGGCGCAGACCCUGGUUGAUGAGGAUGAAGUGGAGCAAGAGUAAUGGAAUUUGGAUUACAAACGAAUAGCGAGGGAAGGUGACAUUAAAAACGUUUAGGCAAACACUAGAAAAUUAUUAAAAGAAUAUAGAAAUGACCAGAGGCUGUAAAUAUACAAAAGAAAAUUGUAUAAGAUUGGAAAUCAAGCCGCGAGAAAUCAACAUAGUCAAAACAAACAAAAAUAAAACACUCUAAAACAACAAAUUAUGUAAAACCAAAUAAACCAAUAAAAUAUUCAGGGCGAGCAUAAAGAUUAGUAUGAACCAGUUUACUUAUAGAUAUUAAUAAAUCAUUAAUUUAUUCCUUUUUUAUUUUAAGCUUUAACUUGCCUAGAAAGAAUUAAAUUGUUUGCCGCCAGGAGCGAAUUUUCUCAUCUCCUUAAUACCUAUACUUAGUAUUGUAAGAUUUCCAUUCCCUGACAUUAUUAUUUAUUAACCUGUGAAAAUCUUUAAAACCCUGGAGAAAAACGAUGGAUUCCUUGUAAAUAUGCAGAGUUAGAGCCCAUUAAUAUUUGGAAUUAAGGAUAUAUUAUUUAUUUAUUUAGUUUGACAACCAAAAAUUCAAAAUAAAAAAGUUUUAUUUAAAAUCCCCUAAAA